AUGAAUUCGAUUACGAAGAUUCUGCGAAGGAGUCGAAGGUAUAACUUUUCUCCCUCUUCGUUUGGUGCGGUCAGUAAACUAGAAUUGUCAAGUGGUGACAAAGGAAGUGCUUUCAAAGUUUCUGGAUUGAUUUAUAACAAUAGAGCACAAGGUUUAAUCAGAAGCUAUUCCGUAAAAGAUGUGUUUUCGCGUUUUAUUAGCAUCAAUAAGCUUUCUUCGAUAGCUGAUACAAAUGACAAUGGAGAUGAGGAUGAGAGGGAACAGGGGUUAUCUGAGGCAGAGCUUGGUAAUGAUGUAACAGAGGGAGUUGAAGAUGAUUCUUUAUUCGGUUCUGAGCUUGGUGGUGAUGUAGAUGCGUCUGAGGAUGAUCUUGAAAUGGAAGUGAAGCAUUCAAAAGAGGGAGAACCAAAAAAGAAAAGAGCCCAGUCUGAGUUGUAUGAAUCCAUUGUUACCUAUAAGUCAGUGAGACAUGUUCUUGAUGCGUGGGUUAAAGAAGGAAAAGAUUUGAGUCAAGCUGAGGUUUCUCUUGCUAUAAACAAUCUGCGUAAACGCAGAUCUUAUGCUAUGUGUUUGCAGAUGUGGGAGUGGUUGCGAGCUAAUACGCAGUUUGAGUUCACCGAGGCGAAUUAUGCUUCUCAAUUGGAUUUGGUAUCAAAGGUACAUGGUUUACAAAAAGCUGAAAUGUUUUUGAAGGAUAUUCCAGAAUCUUUCAGGGGAGAAGUAGUAUACAGAACUCUGCUUGCGAACUGCGUACUUAAGCGUCAUGUGAAAAAAGCUGAAGACCUUUUUAACAAAAUGAGAGAACUAAAGUUUCCGACAAGUGUGUUUGCUUGCAACCAGCUGCUUCUCCUCUAUGGUAAGCAUGAUAGGAAGAAGAUAUCUGAUGUUCUGUUACUAAUGGAGAGAGAAAACAUCAAGCCGACUCGCGGCACCUAUCAAUUUUUAAUCAACAGUAAAGGUUUAGCCGGGGACAUAACUGGAAUGGAGAAGCUCGUGGAGACAAUGAAGGAAGAAGGUAUUGAACUAGAUCCAGAAAUACGGGCUACCUUGGCUAGGUGCUACAUAAGAGCGGGGCUUAAAGAGCGAGCUGAAGAAGUUAUGAAGGAAAUAGAAGGGGAAGGCUUGAACCAAACUCCAUGGGUGUGCCGUUCAUUACUCCCCCUUUAUGCAGACAUAGGAGACAAAGAGAAUGUGAGAAGACUGUGUAGGUUUGCUGAGCAAACAUUGAGAUAUGAUAAUUGCAUUGCUGCCAUUAAAGCAUGGGGAAAACUGAAGGAAAUCGAAGAAGCAGAGGCCGUGUUCGAGAGACUUGUGAAGAAAUACAAAAUUUUCCCUAUGCUGCCAUAUUUUGCCCUCAUGGAGAUAUACACGGAGAACAAGAUGCUAGCGAAAGGCAAAGAUCUGGUUAAACGAGUGGCGAAUCGAGGGAUUAAGAUUGGCCCAUCAACAUGGCACGCGCUUGUGAAGCUUUACACCAAAGCUGGAGAAGUUGGAAAAGCUGAGUUGAUAUUAAAUAAAGCGACAAAAGAUAAUAAGAUGAGACCUUUGUUCAUUUCGUACAUGGUGAUUCUUGAGGAAUAUGCGAGAAGAGGCGAUGUUCAUAACACAGAGAAGGUUUUCCUGAGGAUGAAAAGUGCAGGAUAUUCAGCUCAGCUUAUGCAGUAUGAAACUGUUCUCUUGGCUUAUCUCAACUCCAAAACUCCUGCUUAUGGGAUGGAUGAGAGGUUGAAGGCGGAUAAUCUGUUCCCAAAUAAAACUCUUGCUGUGAAACUUGCUCAAGUCGAUCCAUUUAGAAAGACUCCAGUUUCGGUUUUACUCGACGAAUGA